GUGCUCCACCUUCCUGGGGAAUAAUGUCUUCCAGACGGUGCUGGGGAUAUCCUUCAUGCUCCGGCGCGACGUCAUCUUCGACCUUGAGUCAGAACGGCUUGGCCUCGUGCCGGCGGAUUGCCCGGAGCACUACCAGCCGCCGCCCGUGGGCGGCAACCCCGCGCCAGCGGCCCCGCUGGCGCACCGGCUUUACUCCAUCGCGUCGACGGCGCCCUCGCCGCAGAGCUCGGCUACGGCCCGCCGCCCGCGCCAGCGGCGCCGCGGCCGCCGCCAGAGGCGGCCGCGCCCUUGGCACAGGCGGCGCCCUCGGCGCCCGCGUCGCAGGUGUCCCGCCUCUCGCUCGCGGCCUCCGGCGUCCUGUCGUUGCUAGCGGCGGGCGCGCUGCUGGGGGCCGUCCGCGCGCGCCCGGGCAGGAGGCGCCACCCCGCGCUGCAGGACGAGGCCCACUUCCUUCCCUGCGAGAGGAGGACCCGGGCGUCCAGCGCGGACGCGCCCGCAGAGGCCACGGUGCAGUACACCGUGGACGACCAGGACGACGAGUGAUCAUACAGGUGCCCUGGCCCCAGCUGGGCGCCCUCGGGCGCAGGCUAGGCGUAGAUGAUGUUUAUUGGUCCAGGGGCAACCGACGACUUGUUGAACAAGGGUGUUCAGCAGUUCUCUCAGUUGAAGCGGACUGUUUAAGCAGGUCGGGGCGACCACAUUGUAGAGCGAUACCUAGUAGUUCAGAUGAGCCUUAUGGUAUCUGUCUUAGGGACUGGAGCAGACGUUGUGCCUUGCAUGCGUAGAUCACUGACCCGCCCUGGGGUCCACCCGUGCGCUUUGCGAUAUCCCCAAGCAAUGGCCACGACCCAGCGGCUUGGGUAUCUGUCCGUGUCAAUGACUGCACGUUCUGUCGAGGCAGUGCGGCUCAACUGUCGGGCCAGUGAAGAGCUUGGCGACGCGCCGACGGGGUGGGUGAGAGGGGGCAUGCCUCCUUAGAAGGUGUCGUUCCCUCUGGGGAGGCCCGCCUCCCUCUGCCUUCCCCCCUGCGCGCGCCGCCCAAGAGCAGCAUCCACCCCCAGCACGUCUGGAAUGGGUACGGACGCGCUGGUCCCUGGUCGCUCGCGGAGGGCUCAUCUCCACCUGGAGGCAUUUCCUCCUGACCCUCGCCGGCGGCGGCGAGACUAAAGCUGCUGGUUGGCCGCUGGCCGAGGACCCUUUUUGUUAGCUGUUUGAUUCUGUUGCGCCCGCGGGCGACCCCUGCCCGCGUCGAGGGGAGAGAGCGCCCCCGCCCUGCGAAGCGGAGCCUUCACUCGAGGAAGACAAGGCUGC